AUGUCUGGACAGGCGGAGGCUUCCUCCUCUUCCUCCUCCUCCACCUUCACUGCUGGAUGUCCACCUUAUGACGUGUUUCUCAACUUCAGGGGUGCAGACACUCGCAAAAGUUUCACUGGCCAUCUCCACAAUGCUCUGUAUCGUGAAGGGAUCAAUGUCUUUAUGGAUAGCUAUAAACUGAGGGAGGGAGAAGAGAUUGGACCAAAACUUAUCGAUGCAAUCCAACGGUCAAAAGCCUCUAUUAUUGUCUUCUCUGAACACUAUGCCAGUAGCAAAUGGUGCUUGAUGGAACUUGUCAAGAUAUGGGAGUGCCAUGACAAAGAUCAGGAUGAAUCAAAGCUAAUUACGCAUGUUGUUGAGUGGGCUUUAGAGGUAACAAGCAGCAUUAUCUCCGGUGAUGUCAAAUACGGUAUUGGAUUAGAAUCUCAUGUAACCAAUCUGCUAUCUUUGUUGAAUUUUGGUUCCAAAGAUGUUCAAUUUAUUGGAAUAUGUGGCAUAGCUGGCAUUGGGAAGACAGCUAUCGCUAUAACUCUCCACAAUCGUAUCGUUCAAAAAUUUCGUCGGAGUUUCUUUCUUCCAAACAUUAGAGAAGAAGCAUCAAAAGAUAAUGGGUUAGUUUCUUUACAAAAGAAACUUAUCCAUGGAAUCUCCAAAAGAAAAGUUCAUGAUGAAAUACUGAAUCCUGAUAGUGGAAAAAAUUUUAUUAAACAAAGUCUUCAAGUAGAAAAUAAUGUUCUUCUUAUUCUAGAUGACGUGGAUGAUGCUACCCAACUUGAUUAUUUGAUUGGUAAUCAAAAUUGGUUUUGUGAAGGAUGUGGCGUCAUAAUAACGACAAGAUAUGAAAAUAUUCUAAAUGAGGCUAACAUUGAUAAAAUAUAUCGGCCUCAAUUAUUGGAUGAUAACCAGUCUCUUCAACUCUUCAGAUUGCAUGCCUUUCGAAAGGACGAACCUUUUGAAGAGUAUAUGGAGCUUUCAAAUGUUGUGGCAAGAUACUCAAAAUGGGUUCCUUGGGUUCUAAAGGUGUUGGGUUCCAAGCUAUUGGGUGUAAGAAGCAAAGAAGUGUGGAAAUGCACAAUAAGAAAAUGGAAAGAAAUUGCACUUCCUAAUGAGGCCUACGAAAGGUUGAACAUAAGCUAUGAUAAACUAAAAGACGAUUAUCAUAAAUCCAUUUUCCUUGAUGCUGGAUGCUUUUUCACUGGAUGGGAGAAGGAAAGCGAUGGUCACUACUGCUUGAGCUUGCAUGAUCAAGUUCGAGACAUGGCAAGGCAAAUUGUCUUAAAAGAAAACUUUAGAGAGCCAGAUCUUAGAAAUUGCACAUCCUUGGAUAAGUUAGAUGAAUCCAUUGGGCAAUUGAUUGAUUUGAAAGAUUUGGAAAGCUUGGAUGCGAGAGGAUGCUAUAACUUGACACAUACUUCAAGAAGCAUACGACGACAGGGAACACUUGUUUCACCCGACUGCUCACCAGAACAUAGUUUUUCUUUGACUGUUAAUGAUGGGUUCUGUGAUAAGGUUUUAUUUCUGUGCAUUGUUUUGAAAUCCACAUCUGAUAAGGAGUUAGAACAGCAAGGGCCACAAACCAUCUAUUUGGAUAUUUCUGCACUUAUCCGCCUAAAUGAGAAAAAAGUCAAUUGUUGCCAUACGCUGAGAAUUAAGGACGUUGAGUUUACUAUUCAUCCAGAUAUAAUCUACAUUCACCCUUUCGAAGGAUUUGAAUGGUUUGGGAUUCCAUUGGAAGGAAAAGAUGCCAUUGAGAUCUCAUUUACUUGUCAAUCUAGAGUAAAAUUCUGGAAGCUUUUGUUCGGGAGACAUGACCAGCAAGUGCCUAAUGUAGCAGAUUUCUUCAACCUCUCAUACGUCAACAAGAGAAAGAGAUGCUCCUGA